AUGGCCAUUCAGUAUAUAGGUAUGGUAAACAUGGCCAUUCAGAUUAUUGAUAUGGUAAAUAUGGCCAUUCAGUUUAUAGAUGUGGUAAAUAUUGUCAUUCAGAUUAUGGAUAUAAUAAACAUGGGAAUUCAGAUUAUGGAUAUGAUUAUGGAUAUAAUAAACAUGGGAAUUCAGAUUAUGGAUAUGAUUAUGGAUAUGGUAAAUAUGGCCAAUCAAAUUAUGGAUAUGGUAAACAUGACCAUUCAGAUUAUGGAUAUGGUAAACAUGGCCAUUCAAAUUAUGGAUAUGAUUAAUGAUAUGGUAAACAUGGCCAUUCAGAUUGUGGAUAUGGUGAAUAUCGCCAUUCAGAUUACGGAUAUGAGUAGUGUUGGGUAA